AUGACGUUUAAAACAAAUAUGUUACUGGAUGAUGAUGGUGUUGGUGAUGGUGAUGGUGUCGGUGCCGGGGUAGGCCCCAAGCAGGUGCAAUGUGAGUUGGCUGAAAAUGUGUCUCUUAUGUCAAAUUCUCUGGAAAAGUCGACUUAUCAAAGUGACAUAGUUUGUGUCCAAGGCUACAAAGUGAAGCGAAGUAACGCAACAAUUCUUGAAGCCAUUUUCGAAAAACACGGUGACAUUGCAUCUACCUGCGUAUUCAAAACAUCUUCCACAAGAACACAUUUCCUCGAGGCUGUUUGUGAAGUUGUCAAACGGAUCAAAACCAAUAAUAUGACUGAGAUGGUGGAAGAUAUAGAGUGCCAAGUGUCGGAUGCAGAAGCCGCCAACAUUAAUGUGUCAUGGAUUCGAGCGCACUUUGAAGACUUUAACAAAAGGAAGGAGACCAGUAAAAAGUACAGUUUGCUUUUGGAGAUGAAAUCAAAGACCAGUUUGGCUAAAAGAGCUGCCCAAAUGGAUCUGAGGGAAAGAUGCGCAGAGCUAACCGGUGCGCAACAACGGUUUGAAAAGGCUGAAAGAUGUGUGAAAGUAAUGCAUCUUGUUAAAAACAAUCUAAAUGACAACAUCUUGGAGUCUAAAGCUAAACUAGACUCAUGGGUAAAGCAUCCAGUUGUAUAGGCUAAUUAAUUAGAUCAUGUAAUGGUGUGUAAUUAUUAGAAGUUUGCCAUUAGAUGUCUUGUAUUUUGGUCGAAUGGGGUGAACCCGUUAAGUUUAAACUUUAUGCGUUUUAAACCUUAAAUGAAUAUAAUUAGUAUUUAAUCCUAA